AUGUAUGAGAGAUGUCUCUACGCUGAGUACAUGAAGCGUAAUCUUGCAAAAGAUAAAGAAAGAGAUGUUAGAAAUAAUGCUAAAGUACUUGAAAAGCUACUUCUUGAUGAUGAUGAUUUGCUAGGAAUCCAGGAGUUGGUUGAAUUGUUAGGUCCAUUUGCACAUGUUACAACUAUAGUAGAUGGAGACUAUUACCCUACUCUUUCAAUGAUGUUAUCAUUAGUUAGAAUUUUGCAAGAACACUUAUAUCAAAAAGAAGAAACUUUCACACACCCAAUUAUUCGUGAUAUAUGUGAUGAAAUUGAGCUGUCAUUUGGUGAAUGUUGGGAAGAACCUGGGCCAGAAGGAUAUGUUGUAGCUAUGUUGGAUCCAAGAUUUAAAGACUUAGGUUUUGAGCUGGCAAAAUUUGAAUCAACAAAAAAUGAAUUAAAAUGCAGAAUGAUAAAAUAUAUAGAAAAUAAUAAUUAUUCUUUACCUAACAAUAAUUUAUCUACUUCCCUAUUAAGCUCACUAUUUGAAGAAACUACCCACCAGUUAAUGAAAUUUCAAAAUUUUUAA